CCGGAGUGCGUGCAUAAUUAUCUACAUAUACCCUGCGGAGCACGAUUUUAUCACCGCUGCAGGCCGUCAACCCAGCUAGAGUCAGCUUUGCAUGGCCUCUAUCUGCCUCUAUCAGCUUGUAGAACCUUCAACCAACCACACAUUGACGUCUAAUUUACAGAUAGAUCACACAUCUUUCUUCACCCCCAACGAUCAUCUAUGCGCACCAGCCAGGGAACACCUUUUCUCUGCACACCAUUCCUUUAAUAACACAAUCGUUGCUAAGUUGGGCGGAUUCAUAAAGCCACCUUUAAACCUACCUUUUCCUUCUCAGCCUCCACAAAUCAGCAUUUAUAUCCACAUACCCAGGGUGCCUUUCUUUCCUUUUCGCACUCUAUAACAUGCGCUUGUACCUCUUGGCAUUUUUGGUCACUGUUCUUUAUCCCAGUGCAUUCGGUGUCUCAGCUGAUUGUGCUCCCAGGUCGCCAACCAAGAAGCACCAUGGGAAGCUUAACGGUCAAGGUGCCUAUCGGCUGAUCGCUGACAGCAACAUUUGUGAAACUACGCCCGGAGUUCACACUUACUCCGGCUACAUCAACAUUUCUCAGAAUCAUUCGCUGUUUUUUUGGUUUUUUGAAGCGCGUAACAACCCUCAGAGCGCUCCGUUCACUCUCUGGUUAAACGGAGGUCCAGGGUGUAGCAGUCUCAUCGGAGCUUUCCAAGAAAAUGGACCUUGCAAAGUCAAUGCACAAGGCAACGCAACGACUUUGAACCCAUACUCAUGGAAUAAAUAUGCUCAUGUUCUUUAUUUGGACCAACCGAUUCCUGCCGGGUUCUCAUACGGGGUUCACGACGUCUACAGCACAGACCAAGCGGCGCAUCGUGUAUGGCAAUUCUUUCAAUACUUGUUCAGCAUCCCCCAUUUUUCAACGUACGAAUCCCGCGAGCUAUCCUUUUGGACUGAAAGCUAUGGGGGCCAAUACGGCCCCAAGUUCACGGAAUACUUUGAGCAUCAGAAUGACCUGAUCAAAUCUAAGAAGAUAGAAGGACACAUCGUACAUCCAGCCUCGUUGGGAAUUACAACCGGCUGGUUCGAUCCCUACUAUCAUUAUCCGUCGUACUACGACUAUGCCCAGGCCAAAUAUAAUCACGUGGAGGACCUCGUGGAGCCAGAUGUCUUGGCUGAGAUGAAAAAAGCGUUGGAUUCACCCAAUGGUUGUGUUGCCCAAAUUAAGCAGUGCGCAAGCACCGGUAACAACACAAUUUGUCGACAAGCCGACGACUUUUGCACGCGAUUCGUGUCAAACCCCGCCGUAGGCAGUAGGAAUCCGUACUACUUUGAAAAUCCAAAGUCGGAUCCUUUCCCAUCCGAAUCGUAUGUUAAAUAUUUAUCACUUCCGCAAGUAACGAGCGCAAUCGGCGCCGAAUCAAAGUUUACCGAAUGUCCGGAUGGUCCCAAUGACGAUUUCACAACAACUGGAGAUGCCGCUAGAUCCUCGACCCCAGCGCUUGCUAAGCUUCUGAACAAAGGAUUGCGUACAGUGAUCUGGGCUGGCGACCGCGAUUUUAUUUGCAACACACUUGGUGGCUACCGUUCUAUCAGUUCGAUGAACUGGCAACACGGGGAAGAAUUUCGCAAAGCACCAUGGUCUAAGUUGCACCUUAAAGGGCAAAUAGUUGGGAUAUAUAAGCAAGCUGGUCCGUUGACAUACAUCACAGUCUACAAGGCAGGACACGAGAUUCCAGCAUACAAGCCAGAACUGGCCUUGGAGGUUUUUAGACAAACCAUCUUCCAUGAAAACAUCCAUAGUACUUAGAAAUUACAAAUUCUGGAUUGGCCCAAAUUACAUGGUAAACAAAACAAUAUCCAGUUAGAGAUAUGUCGAGAGAAAGUAACGCGGAAAACCACUAGCCUAUCUAUUUUAUCUCCAUUUUCUCUUUUAAUGCAAUCGUAUCAAUUCACGCCCAAGAUGCUGCUUGAUACUCGCCUAAAAGACGUUAUUUGGUAAAACACAUUGUUGCAUGGACUUGAUUUUGACGAUGAUGUGUUUUGCUUGAUUGAUCAACUCCAUUUUAAAUUCUAAUCCUAACGCUGUCAUAAUUUUUGAACAAUUCAAAUAUUUCCUUAUAGCCUCUCAAGUGUCAUUUUUCCACUGCGAGUGAUAUUUUCACGAGUCAACUGCAAGUUAAUGAGUCUCAUGCACAAAAUAUCCAAGUGCUCAA